GCCGUGGUACGGACAAUCAUGGUAAUGAGAUUAUGAGCGUCAACGUCAUAAAAACGUGGUUUCAUGUGUUGUGGUGUUGCAGUUGGCAGCUGCUCAAUUAGGCAUGAUUUCGGGAGAUUACGUUUUUUUAACAAUCGCCGAAUUCUGGACCGAUUUUGCAAGUUGGAGGCUGAAUAAUUCGGACGACGAGAUUUUAACGGAAGCAUACCGCGUCCUUUUUGUUGUAUCGAUUCGCAAUCCGUUGACGAAAGUGCAACUGGAUUCCUUUAAUCAAUACCUGACCAGAAUCGAGGAGCACACGUUUAUCCAAGGAAUGCUGCGCAACGGCAGUAUGCAGCCUAACAAUCUCCGUGAUAACACUAAACCGUAUAAUUUUGUCGAUUACGAAACGGUCACGGCGCUGGGAAAGGUCAUCGAUGAAGCGUUGGAAGUUGGUAUUCCUCCAUCGAAUGGAGUAUCCUUGGCAAGGAUGUUCUAUGGACGCCAUUUUAGAGGAAAUUAUUCGGAGUUUUAUGUUGAUGACAACGCGUUGCGAGUAACGCAUAUGGAAGUGAAGGAUUUCAAUCGAAAUACUAGCGCAUUUAAGAUGGCCAUGUUUGGCGACGUCCAGCCUAACGGCUACGUGCUAGUCCGUACAAAAGACUCCGCAAUCGACUGGGGUCCAAACUACAGUAAAGCUCCACCGGAUGAGCCUCAUUGCGGUUUCCGUGGCAACAAGCCACCGUGUGAUCACGUUGGAUUCCCAGUGGCUGCUGUCGCUGGAGCAGUCGGUGCCGGCACUUUGAUUGUUGUUGCUGCUGUGGCGGUAUUUGCAGUCAUCACGAUCAGGCGAAAGACGGUCAUCGGUAAAUGGUGGGAGCUUGAUCCAACAUUGUUUCUGCGUGAGGAAACCAGAACCCGUGAAGUGUUAGCACCAUCAACGACGUCCACUUGUUAUGAACAUUGCUGCACGUAUGCCGGCUCCAAAGUACAGGUCUACAUUGUUCCCGCGUCCAUCCACUCUGUCAUGAGGAAAUCGGAUUUUUUGCUACUUCAUCAGAUAAGAGAUCUGAACAAUCAUAACAACAUCAACGCGCUGACCGGUUUCCUGAUAAUCGGGCAUAAGUUGCUGUUCCUCAGUCCGUACUGCGAUCGCGGGACGCUGCGGGAUCUGUUGCAGAAUUCGGCACUGGAUAUGGAUCUUACCAUGCAGACAUCCCUGAUCUGGGACCUUUUCAGAGGCGUUUCCGUGAUCCACAAUUCGGGGAUUAAAUACCACGGAUUGCUGAGUUCCUUCACAUGCUGUGUGGAUAAACACUUUACAUUGAAAAUUUGCGAACUGGCUUACGAGCGCUUCUCGAUGAACGAGGAAGGCACAAAGCCCAGCCAGGAAAUCUGGACAGCGCCAGAGUUAAUCAAAUCGGCAAAAACCGAUAUUUUCAGCAUUGCUGUCAUUAUGGUGGAGAUUUACACGCAGCACGAACGCGUGCGGAGCGAAGUACCCACUUCAAAGUCAAUCGCAGACACUAUGCAUUUGGUCAAAACGGGUCAGCGCGCCUCGACCAAAUUAAUCCCGAAGCAGCAGCACGAUGACCUUCUGGCAUCGUGCUGGGAGCUGGAGCCCGAAGCCCGUCCCACCAUCCAGAAAAUGGUGACAACCUACAGGAAGGUCGUGGGUGCUCCGCCCAGUAAUCUUGCUAAUGUCAUCCUGCACCGACUAGAGCGGUACAGCACCAAUCUGGAGAAUGCCGUUGCCGAAAGAAUAUUUGAUUUGCGACGGCAGCAAGCGAUUGUCGAUGAGCUUCUAUGUCAAGUCAUUCCUCAAGUCGUUGUACGGGAGCUACGCGCUGGUCGCCCCGUUUACCCCGAAACAUACGACUGCGUGACAAUCUGUUUCACAUCUUUUGACGGCUUUGCUCAACUAGUCCAGACAGCGCCUCCUGUUAGUGUUUUGGAGUUUCUCAACGAAAUGGUCACAACCUUUGAUAAGAGCCUGCAUUCCCUGGAUGUGUACCGGGUAGAGAUAACCGGGGAUUCUCACGUGCUGGCAAGCGGAGUGCCUUAUAGAAACGAUAACCGUCACGCUGGACAUAUUUGUGAUCUUGCCUGGACAUUACUGCAGUUUUACGCUGGAGAAGCAUCCCGAACCCAGAACGUUGUGAUGCGGGCAGGAGCCCACAGUGGUCCGGUUGUUAGUGCUAUUGUUGGAACCAAGCUUCCAAAAUAUUCAUUAGUUGGAGACACGAUUAAUACCGCAUCCCGCAUGAUGUCUUUCGGUGGUGCUUCCCGAUUGCACGUUUCGGCGGCAACGCAGGAGAUCCUGCAAGAGUCUUAUUCUACCGAAUAUAAUUUUGAAAAAAGAACCGUCGAUGUCAAGGGCAAAGGAAGCAUGGUGACCUAUUGGUUAACAAAAACCAAAUAAAGCUUGGCUGCGCCAAACUUUUGCAAGGUUGCAUUGGUCAGGAAUUUGCUGGGACCGAUAGCAACUACUGGAGCACUCGCUUCAACACUAAGAAUUGUUUUUAAUGUACUGCAUUUGCGGAUUUUGUUGGUUACAUCCAGAUAAUUUUUAUCUGAAAAGACAGUAUACCGGCAAAAUCAUUACGGUGGUGCAUGCGCUUUGAUGGUGGGACAGCAGUGUUCAUGCAAUAUACAUGUGCCUGUCGCAAUAAGAUGGAGUUCGAGGCGAUUGUUGCACAAAGGUGUACUUUCAAUGUGUAGUGUACCUCAAGUAAUGCAAUUUUUUAUUCGAAUAAUGUGGACGGUUACGGUU